AUGUUGCCGAGAAGGGCAGCUCCAGACAAUCCUGGAGGGGCAACGCGGCUGAAUUUCAUCCGCGGUGUGGGGAGCAGAAAAGUGUGUCCACGGCCCGGCAACAGAGCUAUGCCAAGUCUUGGGAGGGCUUCACCCAAGGGGCGAAGAUGA